AUGAAGCUAGCACUAUCCACACUCCUUUCCAUCUCAGCAGCUUCUGCUUACCUGCUUCCUUUCAGCAUACCAGAUGCUCAACAAAUUUUCGCUCUGAAAACCCCGGAGGCUGGUGAUAACAUCAAGACUCCUUAUGAAGAGCUACCACUCAUUGAAACCGAAGCAUUACAAGAUCUUAUCACUGUUGAGGCCUUAAAUGCUAGUGCAAUUGAGCUUUACAAAAUUGCUAAUGCAUCAUUGGGCCAAUAUGGCCAUCCUAAAAGAGUCAAUGGCUCUCCUGGUCAUUGGAAAACUAUUGCCUUCAUUAUUGAAGAAUUGAAAGGUUUAAAAGACUACUUCACUUUUGAAACUCAAGAAUUUGAGGCAUUAGAUGGUAAAGUUUUCAACUAUUCUUUAAGUGUUAAUGGCUCUGAUAUUGGCACUGUCAAACCAUUUCAAUUAACUCCACCGGUUCAUUAUCUACAUGGUGAAUUAUUCGCCGUCAAGAAUAAUGGUUGUUCAGAAGAUGAUUAUGAAGGUCUUGACCCAACCAAAAAACAAGUUGCAUUAAUUGAAAGAGGUGUCUGUGCUUUCGGUGAUAAAUCAUCACUAGCUGGUAAAUUGGGUGCUAAGGCUGUUUUAAUUUAUGAUAAUGAAUCUCCAACAUCAAUCAUUUCUGGUACUUUAGGUGAACCAACCAAUACCACUGUUGGUACUCUGGGAAUUCAACGUGGCUUAGCAUUAGUGUUAUUGCAAAUAAUUGCUGCUGGAGAAAAAGUUCCUGUUACUGUUAACAUUAACUCAUAUGUUGGUUUGAUUAAAACUAAAAAUGUUGUUGCUGAAACCAUUUAUGGUGAUCAUGAGAAUGUUGUUGCAUUAGGUGCUCAUUCUGACUCCGUUGCUGCUGGUCCAGGUAUCAACGAUGAUGGUUCUGGUACUAUCUCUUUAUUGACUGUUGCCAAAGAAUUAUCUAAAUUCCAAAUCAACAAUGCAGUUCGUUUUGCUUGGUGGGCUGCUGAAGAAGAAGGUCUAUUAGGUUCAAACUAUUAUGCCUCCAACUUGACUCCAGAAGAAAACCAUAAAAUUAGAUUAUUUAUGGAUUACGAUAUGAUGGCCUCACCAAAUUUUGAAUAUCAAGUUUACAAUGGUUCUAAUGCUGUUAACCCAGUUGGUUCUGAAGAAUUGAAAAACUUGUAUAUUGAUUGGUAUGAAGAACACAACAAAAACUGGACUUUAAUCCCAUUUGAUGGUCGUUCAGAUUAUGUCGGUUUCAUUGAAAAUGAUAUUCCGGGUGGUGGUAUAGCUGCAGGUGCUGAAGGUAAAAACUCUCAAAAUGGUAAAGUUUUAGAUAAAUGUUACCAUUUAUUAUGUGAUGAUUCAACUAAUUUGAAUUGGGAUGCUUUCUUUACAAACACUAAAUUGAUUGCUCAUAGUGUUGCUGUUUACGCAAAAGACUUGAGUGGAUUCCCAGCUAGAAACACAAUUGAAGCAAAGAGUAUUCCAGAAUUCAAAUACAGAGGCUCUCAUUUGAUUAUUUAG